AUGGCGCCGCCCAACCGGAGAGGUGGCAGCGGCCCGAAGAAGACCGGUAUCGGCCGGAUCGAGCAGGAGGAUGCCCGGUACGUCUGCUACUCCAAGCGCCGCGUGGGGUUCUUCACAAAGGCCACCGAUCUGUCGGUCUUGACCGGCGCCCAGGUGGCCGCCCUCGCCUUCUCUCCCCGCUGCAGGGCCAUCUCCUUCGGCCACCCCUCGGUCGACUCCGUCGUGGAACGCUUCCUGGCGGGGGAGGCUGCUGGGGCUGGCGCGAGGAAGGAGGACGCUGCCGACGACCGCUUGCUGGCGGGGGAGGGUGCAAUUACCGUAAUGGCAUGCCCUAGGGACAAGGACAUGGCGACCUUCUUUGCGGCGCUGAUGCAGGAGCAGGGGUUCGAGGCCGCGAUGGAUAUGCAGCAGAUGGUGAUGGCGGCGCUGCCUCCGUCUCAGGUGGUCGCCGCCGGGAUGGAUAUGCAGGAGACGCCUCCGCCGCCAGGGUUGGCCGCCGGGAUGGAUAUGGAGCAGAUGCAGAUGACGAUGCCUAAGCCGCCGGGGUUCGACGCAGGGCUAGACAUGUAG